AUGUCCGUGACGCUCGCGAGAUUCCUGCUUCCGAGUUCAUCGUCUCCUAGAGCCUCAUUGACGAAAUCCGUACUCUUAUGGGGCAAGCAUUUUCUUCCUGGCGCCGUCCGUGUUGAGCCAUACAAAAUUCAUGUUUAUGGACCCGGUGACAUUUUACGAUCUGGGAAGAAGACGAAAGCGUUAGCUCCUAGCGGCUUGGAGGCUGACUUUUGUCCGAAGAUUGAAGAAGUACUGGGCCAAUUGCAGAUUCCGUGUGGCCUUCUGCUCACACACGAGUACCCGGUGGGUACGACAGAGCCGAUGGGUUUCAAUAACGACUUGCGCUCGGCUUUUCUGGCAGUGGCCAAGAACAAAGACGCAUAUGUACGGUUCUUGCCUGUUCUGACUAGAUUCGUCGGCAAAUGCGAUUAUCCGGAUUUUCAAGACGACUUUUCUGGUACCUCGGAGUCCGUUGUUCCCUUCACUACUGCCCAUGUUGAUGCUCUACUUGCGGCGUUGGAGGCAGAACCCCAUGUGUUCCGUGUUUCCAACGGCGAAACAUCCAAGAAGCAAAUGCGCAAUCCGACACGUCGUAUGGUGAACGUACGCAAGGCGGAACAUUGGACCGCGUCAAUGCAAAACGUCCCGUUUUACAGUGCAAAUGUCAAAACACAGGUGAUGUUGCUUGGAGACGGAACACGGAAGAGGGCGCAGAGCAUACCGGAAGUGAAGCUCGUCCGUGGAGAGAAGACAGCAUGUAUCUGUCUUACGCAAUGGUCGUUGUCCCGCAAAAGACCGACACAGCUAAUGACAGUCAGAAAAGGAAGAGACCUCGCGGCAGACGAAGAGUCCUGA